AUGGUUGGCUGCACAACCGUUUUGCUAUUAGUUAGCCUGCUGGCCGGAUUGCGGGCAGCGGAGUUAGAGCCACGUAAAACGGCACUGCUGCAGAGCCGGCUGAUGCUGGAGUUCGCGGAGCGGCACAAACAAAUACCGAGGUUAACUUACUUCAGCUGCCGCAAUCCCGCCAACAAUGACACGGGCAAUGUGCGCGCCAGUCGCGCCAAGCUGAGCCAACUGCAGGAGGCGUUCGAUGCCAAGAAUGCGCAGCUCAUUGGUAGCCUCUACCAGGACAACGUGCAGCGCAGACCCUUUGUGCGGAUUGUGAUGUUGGAUGUGCUCCGUCAGGUGCGAACCAAGCCGGGCAGGGGCAUGCCACGUGGCAGGCCGGGGGCCGGAUCGGGCACAGGUCUCAGCACGGCAGCGAGCAGCGCCGACUGGUUGGACAGCGUGCUGAAGGCGGAGGCACUGCGGCAGAUUGUGGUCGUGGAUUUGGCAUGUGGCAUGCUAAGUCGUCGUUUCCUGGAGAUGGCUUCAGCCAAGAUGCUCUACAACGAUAAAUAUCACUGGCUAUUGAUUGAGGAUUAUGCGCUGCACGUAAGUGCGGGCGUCAUGCAAGCGGAACAGCAGCUGCAUCUGACGGUUACGGACACAGACACGGAUACGGAUGAACUGCAGCCCAUUGAGAGCUUAAUGGAGACCCUGAACUUCUACAUGAACACCGAGCUAACGCUGGCAAAGAGAACGCCCCAAGAUGCCAGCUAUUCACUGUACGAUGUCUGGAGUCCAGGCCGUAUUUAUGGCGGAAAUGUCAAUAUAACGGAAAUUGGCAGCUUCACUUUGACGGACGGACUGCAACUACAUGGUUGGUUUCGGACAACAUCCACGCUGCUGCGACGUCUCGACAUGCAGCGCGCCCAAGUCCGUUGCAUGGUUGUGGUGACCAACAAGAACAUGACGGGCACACUCCUCUACUAUCUAACGCACACGGUAUCGUCGCAUAUCGAUACAAUGAAUCGCUUUAAUUUCAAUCUGCUGAUGGCCGUGCGGGACAUGUUCAACUGGACGUUUGUGUUGUCGCGCACCUCCACCUGGGGCUACUUGAAGAAUGGCCGUUUUGAUGGCAUGAUUGGAGCGCUCAUACGCAACGAGACGGACAUUGGCGGUGCUCCAAUUUUCUAUUGGCUGGAGCGGCACAAGUGGAUCGAUGCGGCCGGUCGCAGUUGGUCCGGUCGUCCGUGUUUUAUUUUCAGGCAUCCCAGAAAUACACAAAAGGAUCGCAUUGUGUUCCUGCAGCCCUUUUCGAAUGAUGUUUGGGUGCUGAUCUUGGCGUGCGGUGUCCUAACUGUGUUCAUACUUUGGCUGCUGACCACCAUUGAGUGGAAACUGAUGCCGCAGCAGGGUGCAGCGCUGAUCAAGCCAAAGGGCGGCGCUCCACAGCAUCAUCAUCACCAUCAUCAGCAGCAGCAGGAGCAGGAGGUGGAUGCUGUGGCGGCAUUGGAGGCGCAGCUUGCGGACGAUGAGUCAGUUGCUUCACUGCAACUGCUGCCAGUCAAGGGCGGGUUUUGGCAGCGCUCCUAUGCAAGAUUGAGCAACUACAUCAAUAAGCGUCAGGCUCAGGGCAAAUCAUCCAAGCGAGAGGGUCUCUUUCUGGAAUCGGUGCUGUUCUUUGUGGGCAUCAUUUGCCAACAGGGUUUGGGUUUCUCCACUAGCUUUACCUCGGGCCGCACCAUUGUCAUAACCAGUCUGCUCUUUUCCUUCUGUAUUUAUCAGUUUUACUCGGCUAGUAUUGUGGGCACGCUGCUGAUGGAGAAACCGAAGACCAUCAAGACACUGCGCGAUCUGGUGCACAGCACGCUGCAGGUGGGCGUCGAGGAUAUAGCAUACAAUCGGGAUUAUUUCUUGAACACCAAAGAUCCCGUUUCCAUGGAGCUGUACGCCAAGAAAAUAACCAGCUUGCCACCUAACAAGGAUAAUGAAGCGCCACCUAACGGCGCUGGCGGAGGCGUCGGCGGUGAGGAGGACGCCGAGCCACCGCCAGCUGGCGCUGCGUCCAAAUCCUAUCGCGACAUUGUGCACAGUCAUGAGGUGGGCGCGCAUGCCAAGGAGAAUGCGGCCACUAAUUGGCUAGAUCCCGAUACGGGCUUGCGGCGUGUCAAACAUGAACGUUUUGCCUUUCACGUGGAUGUUGCGGCUGCCUACAAAAUAAUUUCCGAGACGUUCAGCGAGCGCGAGAUUUGCGAUCUCACAGAGGUCAGCAUGUUUGCACCGCAAAAGACGGUUUGCAUAACCCAAAAGAAUUCACCCAUGCGUAAGGUGAUUUCAUACGGCUUGCGACGUGUUACGGAAACGGGCAUCUACUCAUAUCAAUUCAAUGUUUGGCACUCGAGAAAACCGCCCUGUGUGAAGAAAAUUGAAACCUCCGACUUACACGUCGAUAUGGAUACUGUGAGCUCGGCGCUGAUUAUAUUGCUCUUAAGCUAUGGCAUCGCACUACUCGUGCUGGGCAUUGAGAUACUCUAUGUCAAGUGGCAAAAUCACAUUGAAAUCAAAUUGAAUUGA